AUGGAUGGUGCUGAACUUGAUUUUACUAAUACUCUUCUUUCUUCAUCAUCAAUUACAACAUUAAAUCCAGAUGAUUAUGAAAAAAAUCUUCGAUUAGCUGCUGAACUUGGUCGAUAUUUACUUGAACGUAAUCAAAAAUUACAAAAUUAUAUUGAUAUUUUAGAAAAAGAAAUUGAUGAUAAACAAUGUGAAAUAAAAUUAUUACAUGCUAAAUUUCUUUCAACACGAGAACAACUUGAUACUAAAUGUAAACAAACCGAAAUACUUGAUGCAGCUAAUUUUGAUCUUGAAAAAGAACUUGCAAUACAACGUCGAGAAAAUGAAAAAAAUCGACAACAUAUUAAAGAAUUGUCUGAUCUAUAUGAAAAAACUCGUAAACAAUAUCAUGAUAUUGAACAUGAAUAUAACAUAUUUCGAACAAAACAAUUUUCAUCAUAUUUUAUUCCAAAACAAACAAAUUCUUCAUAUCAAACAUCAAUUCUUUCAACAUCAAUAUCAACUAAACGACAACGUUCGAAUUCAUUGAAUUUAUUAUCAACAUCUAAUUCAUCUUUAUUAUUAAAUUCAUCAAAUCUAUUUGAUACUUCAUAUGCAUCUGUAUUUAAAUCACAUCUUAGUGAACUUAAAUCACAUAUUAAAUCAUUAACAAAUGAAUGUACAAAAGUAAAUGAUCAACUUCGUCAAUCUGAACAAGAUAAACGUUAUUUAUUAGAUCAUAUAAUACAAGUCGAACGUAAACAUCGUGAUGAUAAUGAUAGUUUACAAAAUGAAUUAAAUCAUUAUCGAAAAUUAUUAGAAAAAUAUUCUAAUGAACAUACAAAAUCAGUAUUAUCAAAUAUUUAUUCAACACCAGAAUAUGAUCUAUCAUUAUAUGAUGAAGUUCUAUUAGAAAAUAAUCAAUUAAAAUUUUAUUAUGAACCAACAAAUUAUAAAGAUUUAUUUUCACGUGUUUAUGAAAAAUUAAAAAUAAAUAUUCGUAAAUAG